UAUAUAUCAGGGACCACUCCAGCCACCUAUUGUUCGUCUAAGUAAACUUACAGACAGAUGCCCUGCUCCACAGUGAGGGAGAGAGCCCAGCGAGUCAGGAGGAGGGAGACGGUUAGAGAGCCACCAAACAAUCAGGACCUGAAAGACCUCUUCUCCUGCAUCCUCUUCAGCCCUGUCGCCUGUUUUCUGUGCGUUCAUCCUGUUGUCACUGACAAGUGGGGGGGUCUAAUGCUGUGAAGCCAUGCUGCUGCUGACCUCACUGCUGUUUAUGGGGCUGGACUGCUUGCUGGGAGCCCCGGCAAGAAGAGAGGUCUACAGGAUGCCCCAGAGUGCUCUGAAAGCACUGUCGGAUCGUGGCACUGUGGUUCUCGAGGCUGCCAUGACGAGUGCCCUGUCUGCACUCGAACGUGCAUCGUCUGAGAGAAGUCGGACUGAGGCCGGCUGCAGGGGUUGUGCUCCCUGUUUGUUUCAGGACUGUGGGCAACUGUCGGGAUCCUGCUUGUCUCCUGCCAGUGCCUUAUCAGAGCCCAGCUGUGACAUCAUCUUUAAGGCCCAGAAACUUCAAGAUGAGGCAGAGCGGAGUUGGGCUCUGAGCCAGGCCUGUGCAUACUACCAGCACCGCUGUCCGCCUGGUGACCUGGACAAGGAGAGCUGUAUUAGGAUCAUGGGAGAGAGCUGCAGUGCCCAUGUCCUCCAGUGCAGUCUGCUCAACACGAUGCAGAACCUGGAACCUGCUACUCAGACACAUGCUCAGGCAGUGUGUGGUCAGAGAUCAUCCAUGGUGGAAAACGUCACUCAGCCUCGUUCCAGGAUUGUGGGCGGCUCCCCUGCUCCUCCGGGCAGCUGGCCCUGGCUGGUCAACCUGCAGGUGGAUGGUAGUCUGAUGUGUGGAGGGGUUCUGGUGGACAGCUCCUGGGUGGUCACUGCUGCACACUGUUUCGCUGGCAGUCGCAGUGAGAGCUACUGGACGGCUGUGGUGGGGGAGUUUGACAUCACCAAGACUGACCCUGAUGAGCAAGUUCUCAAAGUGAACCGCAUCAUCCCUCAUCCUAAGUUCAAUCCAAAGACAUUUAAUAAUGAUAUCGCCCUGGUGGAGCUGACAUCACCAGUGGUUCUGUCUGAACAUGUCACUCCUGUGUGUCUCCCCUCUGGCAUGGAGCCCCCUACUGGCAGCCCAUGUCUGGUGGCAGGCUGGGGUUCCCUCUAUGAGGACGGACCAUCUGCUGAUGUUGUGAUGGAGGCGAAGGUUCCCCUGCUGCCUCAGAGCACUUGUAAGAGUGCGCUUGGGAAAGAGCUGGUCACCAACACCAUGCUGUGUGCUGGAUACCUUUCUGGAGGCAUUGACUCCUGUCAGGGAGAUUCUGGAGGUCCCCUGAUCUACCAGGACCGGAUUUCUGGUCGGUUCCAGCUCCAUGGCAUCACUUCCUGGGGAGACGGCUGUGGAGAGAAGGGCAAGCCUGGGGUCUACACACGGGUCUCUGCUUACGCUGACUGGAUUCAGGCAGAGAUACAGAAGUCAUCUGGGAGCCGAGAGCCAACAUGUCCAGAGCUUUUGAAGACAACAGAAAUGACAGAAGAGGAACAAAGGUCAGAAUUCAGCUCUAUGUGUCACUUCUACACCCUGGCCUGUCCCCGCGGCCAAUCUGCCAGCGCUUGCAGCCGAAUGGCCGAGGACAAAUGCCUCACGCGCUUCAAGAAAUGCCAGAUGCGUUCAUUCCUGCAAACCCUGUUGGACCUACUUCAGAGAGCGGAGGACUACAUCAGGGACAAGGUGGACUUGACGUUCUUCACCCAGACUCUGCCGCAGCUUGUGGAACACAUCUACAGCACGGCGUUCACUCACACCAGAGAGAGGAGAGACCUGGGCGUGAGCCACUUUCUCGCACAGAUUGAAGAACAGCUAGGUGGAGCUGUGGAGCCUGAAGAGCAGGGUCCUUCUCCAGUCCCUCCUGCUUUAUUUGAAGAGGUUGGCCCUUUGGUCGAUGACUGGGAGAAAUACUUGAAGAACAUGGCGGAGGACCUGGACAAACAACAGCUCUCUGACACGAGCACAGACGUCUCCUCCUUAACGGCACUAAAGGAGCACAGCAUUUUUUUACAGACAGACGACUCCUCCGUGCAUCAACUAGAAGGACAAUAUAGAUCCGUUAUCGCAGCUCUGCGCUCAAAGCUUGACUCCAGAGCUGCUCCUCCCGUCCUGCACCUGGACACUGACUACCUGAAGAAAGAGUCUUCCAGCAUCUAUCCCACUUCUUACCCUGGGAAAGUGAUCCACGGCAACUCCUGGUCCUUAUCUGAGGAAUCUCAGGAGCCUUGGUCACUUCUCAAGGCUUUGAUGACUGAAAUUCAGAAAUUAAGGACACAAGAGGGGACCGUGGCGAAUGAUAUGUCACAAAGUGAGACCUCAUUGAACAGAGACGAUUUUCCCGAUGUGGCGUGGAGCACCACAUCUGAGGAUACUACUUUUGUUGAGACUGGAGACGGAGCAGAAUUAAAGUCUUUAGCUUUACCUCUUCCAGUUCAGUCCACAAAUAUCCUACACACAGUUGCUGAAACAGACCAUGCAGACAUUUCUGCUGACCUCAGACUAACUGUGCAUGCUGUGAAAGCUCCAAGUCUUCAGAGAAAUUACAGGAGCCGCCGCAAGAGGCAGACACCUGGAGCCAGUGGGAAAAUUUGUCCUGGAGUGAGAGAAUCCUCACAGCAAGUCAACCAACUCAAAGAAUCCUACGGCUGGGUCCUAAACAUCCCAAACAAAAACCUGCACAUGAAUUUCCAAGAGGUGUUAGUUGAUCUGAAUUCCAAGAAUGAUCGGGGACUUUUUCAGGCUCGAGUCAGAGCCUUAGUGGGAGGACGACCGUUAACCUUCUACACGCUGGUCGGUCUGGAGAAUGAGUCGUUCUACCGCAGCGUACCGAGGAUCAUUGCUGUGGCACUGGAGGCUCUCAAGACGUGAAAAUACAGUAAAGAGAUCAAGACUCUUGUCGAGGCAUAAAAAAAAAAAAACCUUUGUUGUAUCCUUUUGUUUUUACCUGCCUCUAAAUGGAAACACGGCCAUGAAUGUAUCGACCCAAUUAUGGAGACACACACGUCCUUUUCUAACUUAUGAAUCUGUACAAAAUGAGGAAUGAGAAAUCCAUAUUGUCUUUCGCAAAGGUUGAGCCUGUUGACUGUGUAUAUGACACAUGUUAUUGUUAUGCAUAACAUAUUUAUUUGUAUAGAGAAAAGCCUUUGUAUUUUUG